GCCAUGGACAGUGUGAAGAUGGAAUCUGUCCAGAUUAAAGAGGAGUUCCCUGAACUUGAACUGGUCCCCAUUAGAGUGGAGUUCUCUGGGCUGGCUUCCCUCCCCAUUAAACAGGAGCUCUGUGAGAUGCAAUGUGACAGCAGCCAGCCAGAGGUCUCUGAGAUUAAAGCUGAGCACAAUGAAUUGGAGAUCCCCCAGACAGAAGAACCCCUUCCUGUGAAACAAGAAGAGGUGCUGGAAACUGUCCGUAUUAAACAGGAGCCCCCUGAAGUAGAGUUUGAGCACAUGGAACCAGUGAAGGAAGAAUCCGAGGACUUCAAACCAAACAUCCCUGAGCUGGAGCCUGUACGCCUGCGGGAGUGUAGCGUGGUGCUGGAGAGAAUCUGCGUGAGAGAGCAAGGCGCUGGAGAGGAAGGCUCUCCCAACAGCACGCAAGGAGGUGGAAAGGAAGACGGGCGCUCCCAUUCAGAAUGCAGUCUAGCAGGUUCCAGUCCAACAGCUAAAGCGAGGGCGGGCGGUGGAGAAUAUCCUGACUGUGGGAAAGGUUUCACCCAGUUAGAGCAUUUUAAAACAUACCAGCAAAGUCACACAGGAAAGAAACAGUAUUGCUGCUCUGACUGUGGGAUGAGUUUCAGAGAUUCAGGAACCCUGAAAACACACCAGCGAAUUCAUACAGGCGAGAAACCGUAUUGCUGCUCUGACUGUGGGAAGAGUUUCAGUCGCUCAGGAAACCUGAAAACACACCAGCGAAUUCACACAGGAGACAAACCGUAUCGCUGCUCUGAUUGUGGGAAGAGUUUCAGUCAGUCAGGAACCCUGAAAACACACCAGCAAACUCACAGAGAGAAACUGUAUUGCUGCUCUGACUGUGGCAAGAGUUUCAGUCACUCAGGAAACCUGAAAACACACCAGCGAACUCACACAGGAGAGAAACCGUAUCGCUGUUCUGACUGUGGGAAGAGUUUCAGUCAGUCAGGAACCCUGAAAGCACACCAGCGAACUCAUACAGGAGAGAAACCUUAUCAUUGCUUUGAUUGUGGGAAGAGUUUCAGUUUUUCAGGCGACCUAAAAAAACACCAGCGAAUUCACACAGGAGAGAAACCGUAUCGCUGCUCUGACUGUGGGAAGAUUUUCAGUCAGUCAGGAGACAUGAAACAUCACCAGCGAAUUCACACAGGAGAGAAACCGUAUCGCUGCUCUGACUGUGGGAAGAGUUUCCGUGUUAAAAACAAACUUAAAAUACAUCAGCGAAUUCACAGCAUGGGCGGAGGUAGGAGGUGGCAGUGGGGGGUGACAUUUCCCCUCCAAACUGUCCACAUGUCACCAAAUGACAAACGUUUUCAGUUGCACGUGGUGCGGACGGUGCUCGGUGCCCAGCACCUCAGUGCUGCAAUGCACCAUCCGCGCACGGUGCUUAUUGCUGUGGCACAGUGCUUGGUCACUCGGCAGCAAGUUCCUGCGGUACCAAUACAGGUCCCGGCCCCGCUGCUACCUGCACCAGCCCCGGCCACUGAGCCUCCCACGGGAGCCCAAGCCGAACCUGAAUCGCAGCCAUUGAUGGCGGAGGAGGACACGCUAGCAUUAGCGGCCUCCUGGGAUGACUCCUUCCCCACUGAGAUGGAGGAAGAAAGGGAACUAGCGCCGUCGAGAACCCAGCUCAGAGCUGUGGAGGAGGUCAUACAGCGCUCCCUGCGGCAGCACGAGGCAUCUCGGCAGGUGGACGCUCUGCUCCCUCCCCGCGGCCCGGAGCAUGGUAGGUUAAGCCAUUGGCAAGAACAGUCCGCAGACGUCACAGUGGUGACUCCACCCUCGGGUGUGGAGCUCAUUUGGGAACGAUUCGGGAAGGCACAGGUCGAUCUCUUCACCCCUGUGGGUAAUCAGCAGAGUGAAUCCUUGCAGGGGAGAUUCUUUGCUCUUGUCCAGAUAUUGAAGGUCCAGGCUGACGAGAAGUUUGCUGGUUUAGUUGGGGCUUGGUUCAGACUUCUUUUUCUAAACAGAAUCCUGUGUGCUGCCAUGGACAGUGUGAAGAUGGAAUCUGUCCAGAUUAAAGAGGAGUUCCCUGAACUUGAACCUGUCCCCAUUAGAGUGGAGUUCUCUGGGCUGGCUUCCCUCCCCAUUAAACAGGAGCUUUGUGAGAUACAAUUUGACAGCAGUCCGCUAGAGGUCUCUGAGAUUAAAGCUGAGCACAAUGAAUUGGAGAUCCCUCAGACAGAAGAACCCCUUCCUGUUAUACAAGAGGAGGUGCUGGAAACUGUCUGUAUUAAACAGGAGCCCCCUGAAGUAGAGUUUGAGCACAUGGAACCAGUGAAGGAAGAAUCCGAGGACUUCAAACCAAACAUCCUUGAGCUGGAGCCUGUAUGCCUGCGGGAGUGUAGCGUGGUGCUGGAGAGAAUCUGCAUGAGAGAGCAAGGCGCUGGAGAGGAAGGCUCUCCCAACAGCACGCAAGGAGGUGGAAAGGAAGACGGACGAUCACAUUCAGAAUGCAGUCUAGCAGGUUCCAGUUCAGCAGCUAAAGCGAGGGCGGGCGGUGGAGAAUAUCCUGACUGUGGGAAAGGUUUCACCCAGUUAGGACAUUUAAAAAAAACACAGAGAAUUCACAGAGGAGAGAAACCGCAUCACUGCUCUGACUGUGGGAAGAGUUUCAAUCAGUUAAACAGCCUUGUUUCACACCAGCGAAUUCACACAGGAGAGAGACCGUUUUGCUGCAGUGACUGUGGGAAGUGUUUCAGUCAUUCAAGCAACCUGAAAAAACACCAGCGAAUUCACACAGGAGAGAAACAGUAUUGCUGCUCUCACUGUGGGAAGAGUUUCAGUCGGUCAGACAGCCUUGUUUCACACCAGCAAAUUCACAAAGGAGAGAAACCGUAUUGCUGCUCUGACUGUGGGAAGAGUUUCAGUCAGGCGGGAAACCUGAAAACACACCAGCGAAUUCACACAGGAGAGAAACCGUAUCACUGUUCUUUUUGUGGGAAGUGUUUCAGUCGGUCGCACAGCCUUGUUUCACAUCAGCAAAUUCACACAGGAGAGAAACCGUAUUGCUGCUCUGACUGUGGAAAGAGUUUCCGUCAGUCAGGAGACCUGAAAACACACCAGCGAACUCACACAGGAGAGAAACCGUAUAUCUGCUCUGACUGUGGGAAGAGUUUCAGUAACUGGGAAAACAUGAAAAAACACCAAAGAAUUCACACAGGAGAGAAACCAUAUUGCUGCUCUGAUUGUGGGAAGAGUUUCAGUCAGACGGUAUACCUGAAAGCACACCAGCGAACUCACACAGGAGAGAAACCGUAUCGCUGCUCUGACUGUGGGAAGUGUUUCAUUCGGUCACACCACCUGAAAGCACACCAGCAAACUCACACAGGAGAGAAACCGUAUUGCUGUUCUCAUUGUGGGAAGAGUUUCAGUCGGUCAGAGAGCCUUGUUUCACACCAGCGAAUUCACACAGGAGAGAAACCGUAUCACUGCUCUGUCUGUGGGAAGAGUUUCAGUAUUUCAGGAGACCUAAAAAAACACCAGCGAAUUCACACAGGAGAGAAACCGUAUUGCUGCUCUGACUGUGGGAAGAGUUUCAAUCAGUCAAACAGCCUUAUUUCACACCAGCGCAUUCACACAGGAGAGAAACCGUAUCACUGCUCUGUCUGUGGGAAGAGUUUCCGCGUUAAACAAAGCCUUCAAAACCACCAGCGAGUUCACAAAGGAGAGGAACCUUAAAGACUAUGUUCUAGGGACGUGGUUUUGGUACAUUUUUAUGAACGUUUAAACAUGCAGUGUCAACGUUUAAACAUUUAAACCACGUCUACACACACACACUCUUUAUAUUGCAUUCUGAUGUAUACUGACAGCCCUGGCUAGUAUUUUCCAAGCAAAGAACCCCUGAAUAAGAAAAUAACGUUUUAACAUCACAAAGACUUUACUACAAAGUGAAAAAAAAAAAAAACGUACACACCGAAGUAUAUAUUGAAAUCUUUCAAUUUGAAUGUUCUCUUCAAUCAAACAAUGGUUGUAAUUGAAGUUGUCAGUGGAGAUGGAACUAUAAAAUAGAAAGUGACCUGUGCUUACACUGGGAAAAAAAGAGUCACCAGGAAAAAAUAAUAGCACAGGAUUUUGGAAUUGUAGAGAGUACUGUGACUGAUAUUAAAAGGUCUGCCUCCCAGCUUUUUAAAGGCUGUAGUCUUUGAUAGUAGGGUUUGCCUUUUAGAGAAAUAUAUUGCUUGAGUACUUCCAGAGCAUUACAAUUUCAGAGUACUCGAAUCUACCGCUGCUUGAAGACAAAACGCUUCCUUUUUAUAAUAUGCAGCCUUACUCUGGUACCACAGCAGUUGGAUACACAACGCAUAUGAUGAUAAAUGAGACGCGGACACGUCACAAGGGGCUUCUCUGCUGUCAGUUUAACUCAGGCUGUCAAUGCAGUCAGUGCCUGGGAUCAGGAAUAUGCAGAAAGGAAACUAUUCUGCACCUCAUCUGAUGGACGAGUCUGGAGAAAUUGAUAGCUUUGUGUGGGAAAUGAGUUUCAUUUAAUGCCAUCACGAUUCUAAAACUAAUAAAAAAUGAUAGUGUCCCAUGGCUGUAUUAUGACAUGAAUGGCUGAAUACUGCGUGACGUGUAGCUUUGCAAUGUGCAUUGUCCAUGCUUGUAUUUGUGCUGCUCUUGUAAACUGCCCUGAGUAAUAGCAGUGUAGCAAGCAUGUGUACGGAUCUUAGGUACAGAAAGUCAAAUUGUGUAAUCUGAGUUCUAAUGAGACUUGACUGUUCAAUUAAACCUUGUGUGAGCUGAUUGAAUGAUUUGAUUAAUAUACAACAGGGCGACUUACAAUUGUUGCAAGAUAUCACAUUAUUUUUACAUACAAUUACAUUAUUUUUUACACAUUAUUUUUACAUACAAUUACCCAUUUAUACAGCUGGGUUUUUACUGGAGCAAUCUAGGUAAAGUACCUUGCUCAAGGGUUCAGCAGCAGU